AUGUCAGACAGAGGAAACAAACCGAAGGACUUUGAUGGCACAAGGUCGAAAUAUAGGGAAUGGAUAUACGAAUGUCACAUGUAUAUCUUCGCCAACCCAACCAAAUAUGACACCGACAAGGAUAAAACCCUGAUGGUGCUAUCAUACAUGAGGGAAGGAACGGCGUCACUUUUUGCACAGAAAUACUAUUUCGACAGGGAACUUCGGGAGUACAAACCGACGGAGACGAGAAAAGCAUGGGGAACGUUCAAGGACUUCUUGAAAGAACUGGCCGCCGCAUUCAAAGAUGAAAGUCUCGAACAGAAGGCGAGACAGAAAUUGUUCAUGAUGAGAAUGGGAAAGCGGUCAGCAGACGAAUUUGUCACGGACUAUCUUAUGACGGCAGUGUUAUGA